CGAAAUAUGAUGGAAACUCUUAAAGGCCUCCAGACUCCCAGGAGGAAAUCCCCCUGUCUCAGAUCGUGGCAGAAGGACCUUCCAGCCUGGGCCGCGUCAUCAGCUGCUGGAGUCUCCCGGCGUCUCUCCCUCUCGACCCUCCCCUACCCCAGGCUCUGCUUCUCGCUGGAGUGCAUUUCCCUGUGGGAGGCGACAGCUGCUGCACCUAACUGGGUUGAAGGACAAGGAUUCCUGGUCUUUGUCGCAGCCUCAGUUUCCCCGUCUGUAAGCUGCGCGCGUAAAGCCAGCGGACACCAAGGAUCGCCCCAGCCCUUGGCGUGUCCUCGGUCACUGUCCUCGGCCUCGGCGUGGAGCGCGCUGGGUGCCGCCGCGGAGGGGACACCUUACCGUCCUCAGCUGGCCGCGCGGGUGGGGGUCCGCGCUGCAGCGGCGCGCGCACCUCUGUUCCCACGCCCUUGCCCGUCUGCUUGUUCACUUGGUUUUGCUCUCGGGCCGGGACGCAAGGACUCCAGCAACUGCGGCUGGAGACUACUGGUGUGGAGAAGAGCCGUCCCACUUCUGAGGGCAACUUCAAGACUCGGAAGAACAGGGACCUCAGGUCCGUUCAGAAGCACUGCUGCUGAACCAUGCUGGGUCCCAAAGGGCCUGCUGCACGCCCAGCCCACGGAGGCAGGUGGCCAUGAGUAGCCGCAGCCACAAUGGCAGCGUGGGGCAGCCUCUGGGCAGCAGGCCUGGAUUCCUGGGCUGGGAGCCUGUGGACCCUGAGGCAGGCCACCCCCUGCAGCCCACCCAGGGCCCAGGCCUGCAGAUGGUGGCCAAGGGUCAGCCUGCCAGGCUGUCACCCGGUGGCUGCAGGGGCCACCCCCAGGAGCAAGAGGAGGAAGAGGAAGAGGAGGAAGAGGAGGAGGACAAGACAGGCUCAGGGAAACCCCCAACGGUCAGCCACCGCCUGGGACACCGCAGGGCCCUCUUUGAAAAGCGUAAACGGCUCAGUGACUAUGCGCUCAUCUUUGGCAUGUUUGGGAUUGUCGUCAUGGUGACAGAAACAGAGCUGUCCUGGGGUGUAUACACCAAGGAGUCACUGUGCUCGUUUGCUCUGAAAUGCCUCAUCAGCCUGUCCACUAUCAUCUUGCUUGGCCUUGUCAUCCUGUACCACGCCCGAGAGAUCCAGCUGUUCUUGGUGGACAAUGGUGCCGAUGACUGGCGUAUCGCCAUGACGUGGGAGCGCGUGUCCCUGAUCUCGCUGGAGUUGGUUGUGUGUGCCAUCCACCCGGUGCCCGGCCACUAUCGCUUCACGUGGACAGCCCGGCUGGCUUUCUCUCUCGUGCCGUCGGCAGCCGAGGCCGAUCUGGAUGUGUUGCUGUCCAUCCCCAUGUUCCUGCGUCUCUACCUGCUGGCUCGGGUCAUGCUCCUGCACAGCCGCAUCUUCACCGAUGCAUCCAGUCGCAGCAUCGGGGCCCUUAACCGUGUCACCUUCAACACGCGCUUCGUCACCAAGACGCUCAUGACCAUCUGUCCCGGCACUGUGUUGUUGGUCUUCAGUGUCUCCUCCUGGAUCGUUGCUGCUUGGACAGUGCGCGUGUGUGAGAGGUACCAUGAUAAGCAGGAAGUGACCAGCAACUUCCUGGGAGCCAUGUGGCUCAUCUCCAUCACCUUCUUGUCCAUCGGCUAUGGAGACAUGGUGCCGCAUACCUACUGUGGGAAGGGUGUGUGUCUGCUCACUGGCAUCAUGGGAGCAGGCUGCACUGCACUCGUGGUGGCCGUCGUGGCCCGGAAGUUGGAGCUCACCAAGGCCGAAAAACACGUGCACAACUUCAUGAUGGACACCCAGCUCACCAAGCGGGUCAAAAAUGCCGCUGCAAACGUUCUCAGGGAGACAUGGCUCAUCUACAAACACACCAGGCUAGUGAAGAAGCCAGAUCAAGGCCGGGUUCGGAAACACCAGCGUAAGUUCCUUCAGGCCAUCCAUCAGGCUCAGAAGCUCCGAAGUGUGAAGAUUGAACAAGGGAAGGUGAAUGAUCAGGCCAACACGCUGGCCGAGCUGGCCAAGGCUCAGAGCAUUGCAUAUGAGGUGGUGUCAGAGCUGCAGGCCCAGCAGGAGGAGUUGGAGGCACGCCUGGCCGCCUUGGAGAGCCGCCUGGAUGUCCUGGGCGCCUCCCUGCAGGCUCUACCAGGCCUCAUAGCCCAAGCCAUAUGCCCUCUACCACCGCCCUGGCCUGGGCCUGGUCACCUGGCCACAGCCACCCAGAGCCCACAAAGCCACUGGCUGCCCACCAUGGGAUCAGACUGCGGGUGAUGGCUGCUGACCACUAGACUGCUCCAUCUCAGCCAUCGUGUGGCCACAGCUAGCUCCUUGCCAUUUUGGACCACCAGACUGCAUCUACAAGCUUGGGUGGAACUGAGCCGACUGGACAGGCACUCAUCCCUCUGAGGCUGGACCACAGGAUCCAUGCGCCCUUAGCUGUCCCAGCCCCAGGAGGGCAAGGAGUAGUAGCGGGGGGCCUCGACAUUUCUAAGUAAAUCAGGAGCUUCCAGCCCACUUUCUGCUGACAUGCAUCUCCACAGAGGAGGUGGAUGACCCCACCUGGGGAUUCCUUAAUGGGCGGGACAGAGGUGGAAAGUCACUGCACAAGCAUUGAGUAUCUACUGUAUACAGGGACUGAAAUAAUGGCUUUUCUUCAGGAUCUAUCUAACUGGAGUAAGAUACAAACAAAUGAGAGUUCAGAGAGGUGAGGCCACUUGCCUGCAGCCACACAGCAGUGGUCUGAGGCAAACACACUUGUCAAACAGCAUAAGCGGAUAGAUUCUACUUGGGGAUCCUGAUGUCAAAGUAAGGGCUCAUGGGAGGGUGAGAGGCCAGGGUUACAGGCGAGCAGAGUCACCACGGUCGCUUCAGACUUUAGGCUCCAGACUUUGGGGACCUGGGGGACACUGAGACUCCUCCCAGGCAUGGGCGGCUUAUCAAGAGCAGCCUAAGUCAUGGCGUCCUCUGAUGAGACCGUCAGCCACCUGUCUCGGGAGACAGUGGACCUGUGCGGGAACCCAGAGGCCCAGCUUGGACCUGGGCAGGCUUUAUCCCCUGCUGCUGUGGGAAACAUGCCUAACCCAACCCCCACACGGGUCAGACAGUGGGUGCUCAAUAAAUGCCCCUCCUUCCUGAGACUGCCCACGAGGGCUUGGGAAACAUGGCCCCAUCCUGCCCUUCUGAGCCCAGUGUUAGCUCCUGUCCAUCAGGAAGGGGACUUGGAUCAAAACAGGUCCGGAAGAAAUAAACAAGGCAGGUCAGUGUGACACCUGCCUUUAUUCCUGACACUCGGGAGGCAAAGGCAGGUGGAUUGCAAUGUAUACACAGUAAGACCUGGGGUGGCACAGAAAUAAACAAGGCUG